CACAGCCUUGGUUUCUCCAAAUCUGAUGGAAAGGCAGGAGUUCCUCAAAGUGAAAGUUAGCGGCUGCUCGGAGAGCAAAGGAACGCCGUAUGAAAGCGCCAACUUGGACUUCAAGAAAGGAAAGAAGAACAUGACAGCAGACCUUCAAGAACCUGGCAAUAUUCUGCUCCCGUGGCGUCAUCAGCAGAAUUCUUACGGACUCAAGCGUCAAAAGCGAGAUUGGGUCAUCCCGCCAAUUAACGUGCCAGAAAAUUCAAGAGGACCCUUCCCACAGCAGCUUGUCAGGAUUCGUUCAGACAAAGACAGUGAAACCAAUGUAAGAUACAGCAUCACAGGGGUGGGAGCUGACCAACCACCAAUGGAAGUCUUCAACAUUGACCCCGUGUCAGGGAGAAUGUAUGUGACCCGUCCAAUGGAUAGAGAAGAAAGAGCAUCCUAUCAUCUUAAAGCACAUGCCGUAGAUAUGAAUGGAAACAAAGUGGAGAAUCCAAUUGAUCUCUACAUUUAUGUGAUCGACAUGAAUGACAACAGGCCAGAAUUCAUAAACCAAGUCUAUAACGGAUCUGUUGAUGAAGGAUCUAAACCAGGAACCUACGUGAUGACAGUGACAGCCAAUGAUGCCGAUGACAGCACCACAGCAAAUGGGAUGGUGAGGUACCGCAUUGUGACUCAGACUCCACAAAGUCCAUCCCAGAAUAUGUUUACCAUUAACAGCGAGACUGGAGAUAUAGCAACGGUGGCAGCAGGACUUGAUCGAGAGAAAGUUCAGCAAUACACAGUCAUCAUUCAGGCCACCGAUAUGGAAGGAAACCUUAACUACGGUCUCUCGAACACAGCGACAGCAAUCAUUAUGGUGACAGAUGUGAACGACAACCCACCCGAAUUCACUAGCAGCACCUAUUCUGGUGAAGUUCCAGAAAACCGGAUAGAAGUUGUUAUCGCUAAUUUGACUGUGAUGGACCGAGAUCAACCUCACUCGCCCAAUUGGAACGCUGUUUACCGAAUAAUCAGUGGAGACCCUUCCGGUCAUUUUACCGUUAGGACUGAUCCUGUUACCAAUGAAGGCUUGGUAACUGUUGUGAGGGAAGUUGAUUAUGAGAUGAACCGAGCUUUUAUGUUGACGGUGAUGGUGUCCAAUCAAGCUCCCCUUGCCAGUGGGAUCCAAAUGUCCUUCCAGUCUACAGCCGGAGUCACCAUUUCCGUCACUGAUGUCAAUGAGCCACCCUACUUCCCAACAAACCACAAACUCAUCAGGCUGGAAGAGGGUGUGCCUACGGGGACAGCACUCAUGACUUUUUCAGCAGUGGAUCCUGACCGCUUCAUGCAACAGGCUAUCAGAUAUUCCAAGUUGUCAGAUCCUGCCAAUUGGCUGAAUAUUAAUGCCACAAAUGGUCAGAUCAUCACUGCAGCUGUCCUUGAUCGCGAGUCAGCCUACGUUAAGAACAAUGUCUACGAAGCCACGUUCCUGGCAGCUGACAACGGUAUCCCUCCAGCCAGCGGCACGGGCACCCUCCAGAUCUACCUAAUUGACAUCAAUGAUAAUGCCCCUGAUCUCCAGCCAAAAGAGGCCCAGAUAUGCGAGAGGCCAAAUCUGAAUGUCAUCAACAUCACAGCCGCGGAUGCUGACAUCGAUCCAAAUGUUGGCCCUUUUGUCUUUGAGCUGCCGAGCGUGCCAUCUGCCAUUAGGAAGAACUGGACCAUUAAGCGUCUAAAUGGUGAUUAUGCUCAACUUGGCUUGCGAAUAAUGUACUUGGAAGCUGGUGUAUAUGAUGUUCCAAUCAUUGUAACGGAUUCUGGAAACCCUCCUCUCUUUAACAUGUCCAUCAUUAAGGUCAAGGUGUGUCCAUGUGAUGAGAACGGAGAUUGUACCACUAUAGGAGCUGUCGCUGCAGCUGGGCUGGGCACAGGAGCCAUUAUUGCCAUCUUGAUUUGUAUCAUCAUUUUAUUAACCAUGGUUCUGCUUUUUGUGGUAUGGAUGAAACGGAGGGAGAAGGAACGUCACACGAAGCAGCUACUCAUUGAUCCUGAAGAUGAUGUCCGGGACAACAUCCUUAAAUAUGACGAAGAAGGUGGCGGAGAAGAAGAUCAGGAUUAUGAUUUAAGCCAACUUCAGCAGCCAGAGAAUAUGGAUCAUGUUUUAAACAAGGUGAACGGAGUCAGAAGAGUAGAUGAGAGACCUGUCGGUGCUGAGCCGCAAUAUCCGGUACGGCCUGUCAUCCCUCACCCUGGAGACAUCGGGGAUUUUAUUAACGAGGGCCUGAGAGCAGCCGAUAAUGACCCAACGGCCCCUCCCUAUGACUCCCUUCUCGUCUUUGACUAUGAAGGAAGCGGUUCAACAGCCGGGUCGGUAAGCUCACUUAACUCUUCAAGCUCUGGAGACCAAGAUUACGACUACCUUAAUGACUGGGGACCGAGGUUCAAGAAACUGGCGGACAUGUACGGGGGUGGCGAGGAUGAUUAAAGUGACCUCACUUUUCUUGUUUUGCAAAAAGAGGAAAGCUAUAGCAUUUAGAAAGAA